AUGUUGCCACCACUGAAAACAGGGAAUUUGAAGAAAGAAGAGAAAGCAAUAGACCUGCUUGAAAAGACAAAAUUCGUGAAAUUCCUGUCCGAAGAAGAGGCGAUCUUGCAAUUGCGCUAUUUGCACUGGAUUCUCAAAGGCGUUCUCAGGAUUUAUGAGGAUUAUAUUGUGGACGCGAAAAGGCCGCCGUCAGUGCUUUUUCAAGCCGAAAAAACAUUUUGCGAAUUUCCGAAUGAAUUCCGUUCCAAUUCCUCCUGGGAUCGUUUCAUGGCUUCUCGUCAGCAAUCGCGCCGUCAACAACAAGUGACAACUUCGAAAUCCGGGCUAAGACCAAAGGAGAUUGCCCAGCUGAUGGAAGAAGCCGACAAAUGGGAAUUGAAUCAAGAAACAGUCUUCUGUGAACACUUGAAACAAGCGCUCGAAGCUUUGGUGAAGUCACGUGUUGCGCGAGUCAGGCAAAAACAGGAGAUUCUAGGAGAUUACAGGAAGAAAAAAAAGUCGAACGAGAUGUUCUUCAUAAUGCGUAACAAGAAUCGCAAAACAGAAGUCAUCCUUGCCGAGCGCGCCCGCCGCGACCCCCUUACCAACUGGUCCAAAAUCUUGCGAAAACGAUUUUCGCACGAAGAAUCCGUCAUCUUUCGCCACGAACUAAACCCGCUCGACUCCAUCAGGCUUCCCCUCCUCAGCGCCAAGCUCAAGCUGUGUUUUAUGAUCUUUGUAUCGGAAAUCGACGACCUUCAUUCCAGAAAUCCAAAUAUGAUGGCUGCAAUUUUGCAACGGUACAUCAAGGACAUGCUCAAAAUAACGGAUAAGACGAGUCCAGAAUCUCUUUUACCAGAAAGAUCAAACUUCAGAAGAACACUUUUCUUCGGCUCGAAAAUUUGCCGAACGAUGAUCUGA